AUGAGCCAGUUGAAUAACAAUCAACAAAACCAGAACGGUGAAGAACCUCUGGAAGAACAGGGGCGCCGGGUCAUUUGCAGUCUCCCAAUAUCGCCGUCGGUAUUUGGGGGAUCGUACAUUUUUAAUGACGAAUACAGUACCGACAGCCCUACGUCCAUGGUUUCGGAGUUGAGCUUUUCGCCCGACACGUCCGAAGGCACCUUGUAUGCGGAGGUGCACACGAAUGCAGUUCCGAUCGUCGAGUUUCCGUCGGAGGAGGAUGCGCGAAGGAAUCGGCUCUCGUCCCAGGAUCAAGUUAUCACACCACAAAUGAUUGGCGCGGCGUUGAAAAAAUCCGGUACGGUGCUAAUGCAACGAUCCCGCGACAACCGGUUGGCACGGCAGCUUGAAGAAAUGCGAGAUUUAAUGCGCAACGAAGACGAACUGGUAGUUCUGAAGGAACCGAGCGUAAGUCAGAUGGCUUCACAGCCUGCUUUUCCCAGGGAUGCGAUGGAGGAAUUUCUCGAGCACUCGGAGACAAUGUUCAACCUAGUGCAUGAUGCUAAUGUUCAAAUGGCCGGAAGAGCGGACAGCAUCGAGAGAAUAAGCCGACAUAGUUCCGAAGAAGUUUUGCCAAUUGAUAACCGUGUUUCCAAGGAGUUUGUUGGAUGCUUCAGCCGUAACGAUGAUACGGUCUUAUACAAACGGACGAUAGCCGUUGCGCAGGAAGCCCAACCCUCGCAUGAUCCGGCGAGACAAUCGUUGGAAAACAUCGACACGGUCAUAGCACAGCACGCUCAGUGUCUCCACGAGGCGGAAACCGUAAUGGAACCAUCGGUUCACAUUUAUCAACGAAAUGACGACAACCUGCUCGCAUUGCUAACGUUUUCGAAGGACUCAUCGGCUGUGUUAAAGACAUCCAACGCAAUGCUAAAAGAAGCGCCAAUCGCCGAUCUGGAUAAAACCAUUCGGCAGACUUAUCGGAAAAUUGUUGCCAAUCCGGACGAAAUGAUAUCGAUGCAAACGGAAGUAGCUUCCUCUUCCGAUUAUCAGGCGAUGAAGGAAACAUCUCCUCGCCAUACACAGCGGCUUGGAGAGGACUCGCAACAAACCUUUUCCACGCGUCCGUCUAGCUUCGGCUUGACGAACGAAUCCAACAACCUAUCCGGUGAUCUAGAGAAACAGCAAACCGAAGUGUAUACCACCGUAUCCGGGAGCAUUAGCGAUCAGCAUGGAAACCUGGCUGUCCAGUUCGAUGCUCAAGCGGGAUCCCUGGAUAAGGAAGAGCCGACAGAGGAGUGUGUAAUUCGUGUCGAAAGACUGUCAGACGAAUUUGACCUUCUCUCUGAAAGUCUCACCUUUCAAGUGAUCGGCGAUGAAGCGGAAAACGUCUCUGACACGUUCGUUGUUGCUACUGUUAUCGAAGAACUCACGACAGAUGAACGCCUUCUGAAAACUGAGCAGCUAUCUGGAACUAUUGUACUGUCGGAAACCAUCCUCGAGAGAUUAGGCAGAUGUUUGAAGGGAUUGUUGGAACCUGUAGCAAUUAUGGUGUACAACAUAUACAAAAAGCUGGAAGGCAUCGAUUACUUGAGAAGUGGUUCAACAAAAAUCGUCAGCGUGUCCCAUUUCUCUUCGUCCAGUCAGGAGAACAGUGUCGUUGAGUCACGUAAAGAUGAAGGGUCGGAACUCCUGAAAAACGAUGCCCAAAGUAGAAGCUUUACAAACUUUUGCGCCCUAGAAAAUUUGCAAGAAAUACGAAGUAUUUUCGGUGAGACCAAUGAUCAUCUCACGGUAAUUCAAUCUGAUGUCAGUGCCAUCAAAACGAAGAUGAACUUUCUAAUAGAGGAACAAAACCAGAAAGUAAAACAAUCACCACCUUCAACUGAUAUCCAGCACGUUCUUCAGCGGCCAUCGAACCGAGAAACACAACAACUAGGGAAUAUGAAGGAUAAGGUAGUCACGCAGACAGUAUGCUUGGCGUUGCUAGCAAAUCACUUCCUGAGCAACGGACUCUAUUGCCCGGUAGAAAUUUACUCUUGCCACGCGGUUUCCCCGGAAGCGAUGGUCGUCCAUUGGACCGUUGAUCAGGAUCUACUCAGCUGUAUCAUCGGAUUCGAGAUUUUCGUUGAUGGUGUGUUGAGCUCGGUUUGCUUUUCCAACAGACGGCGAACGGCGCUGCUCGGAAACAUCGAUCUUCAGAAACAGCAUCACAUAACGCUGCACGCCACACCGGAUCAACUGACGAGAGAGGCAAAGGUAGAAUGGGCACCAGCUUUUUUCCUGUACCAUCUGUUGGACGAAUCAGUGCAUUGA